GGUCCAUCGAGCAAACAAUUUGGACUGAUUACGCUUUCGACUCUUCUUGAGUUCAUUUCGCUGGGUUGAAAAGAGAGCGUAGCCAAAAUGCUCCGCUUCCAUAUAUUGCUAACCGUGUUAUUGCUCUUUGUGACCGGUUCUAGGGGUGCAAAAAUUUUGGCAAUCACGUUAGUUUCGUCACCAAGCCACGGAAUCUGGAACCGGGUUUUGUUGGAGGCGCUGGCAGCAAAGGGACAUGAGGUCACAUCGUACAUGCCAUUUGUCGGCAAGAAUAAGACUGGAAUCACCUACUACGAAGUUGGAGGAUAUUAUUCUGACGAAGAGGUGAUGGAAUUGACCGAUUUAAAUUUGAAGGAACAGUUAGAGAAUCUGUGGAUUUAUGGUGACAGCAUCAACAAAAUGCAAUCGCAAACUGAUUUGCCUAAGCAACUGGUGAAAGAGAGUCAAAACCAGUAUGACUUGGUAAUAUUUGAGUUUUGUUUCGGCGAGUAUGCGACGACCCUGCUUCCAAGUUUUAAUGCGCCGAUUUUUGCUAUAAAUGCGUACUCCGAUGGCUUUUGGCACUGGGACCAAAUGGGUGCGGAAAACUACCCAUCCGCAUUUGCGCAACCUCUGAUGACCUUUAGGCCACCCAUGAGCUUUUUAGAACGCACUCUGAAUUUCAUCACUCUCAGUUACGACAGAUACUUGUAUAGGCAAUACAAGAAGCGCCAACAAGAAGUUGCACAUGAAACGUUUGGCAAAAACAUUGCCCAAAUUGAAGAUGUCCAGCAAACGUUCGAAUUCUUACUAGUUAAUUCAGGACCUCCAGGUAUUGACCCUGGAAGAUCGUUGCCUCCAAAUGUGAAGGAGGUCGGCUGCCUCCCAUGCCGACCUGCAGAUCCUAGCAAACUUCAAAACGAUGUGAAAGAUUUUCUCGACAGCGCCACUGAUGGUUUCAUUUACUUUAGUCUGGGCAGUAACUUAAAAAGUAGCCUUCUUCCGAAGGAAAACAUUGCAGAUAUUUUAGACGUGUUUAGCAGACUAAAAAUUAAAGUGCUUUGGAAGUUUGAGAAGGAUGAUUUACCUGGAAAGCCACAGAAUGUGAUGAUCAACAAGUGGCUCUCCCAGCAAGACGUUCUUGGCCACAAAAAUGCUCGCCUUUUCAUAUCUCACGGUGGUCGUCUGAGUACUCAAGAAGCCACUUACCAUGGUGUACCUUUGUUUGUCAUGCCUUUCCUUUUCGAUCAACAUAAAAAUGCAGAGACUGUGAUUAACGCGGAAGUUGGCGUUAAAAUGAAGUACAGCGACUUCACCAAAGAGCGAUUUGACGCUGCGAUUAAAGAAGUCUUGAAUAACCCUCGUUAUAAAAGCAAUGCCGCGAGACGGUCAGAAAUUGCGAAGGAUUCUUUGCACACGCCGUUGGAGGAAGCAAUCUUUUGGGUCGAAUACGUAAUUCGCCACAAAGGGGCCAAACACCUUCGACCCGCCGGCCAACACCUCAACUGGAUCCAACUGCAUUCAAUUGAUGUCAUCGCGUUUUUACUUGCGCCUGUGCUAUUAAUUUUACUUUUGAUCAAAAAGAUUGUUAAAAAGAUUUUUUUGAAGGAUAAACGUAAAUUAAAGAAGAAUUAAGA